AUGGGACGAUUCGGUCCAGUUCAGUAUCUGGUUCUGUUCACUUGUGUCCUGUGUUGUCUUGUACAACCACAUGUAUCCGGUUUACAACACUAUCUGGCCGGAGUGCGAAGUUAUCGAAACUAUGUGGUCGAUCGGAAUACCGGAUUUUUGCGUCGUAUUGCUCCAGUCCUAAUGACAGUCGAGGUCACCGAGCCACCGCCAACAGUUGCCGAGAACCAGACUAGUGAUCGCACAUUGCUCGAAGCGAUCCCAUACAGUCUGGACCAGUUGAUGCGGGCCUAUGCGCACGCAUUGUUGGAUCGUUCGUGGAACAUACAUGAGAUUGCCCCGGUCGUGCAUUUGGACAUGCUGUGGAUCGGGGAGACCAGUCGUCCGAUCAGUUUGCCCUGUUGGGCCCCGGCACAACCGAUUCCAAUCCGACUCGAUCAGACCACAUUUCGUAGUCAUCGACGAACGUGGUACAUUGGUCAGGGCAAUACCCUGUCGUUGAGGUAA